AUGACGAAACACCGCAGAGGAGUGGCGCACCUGCAGCUUGCUAGACCACUCGCUGUUGCAUACGUUCUCGGUUUGAUCUCGAGUACUAGCCCACGAUUGAUCAAAGUUCUUCUCUUAUUGGGCAAGAGAAAGUUGAGCCUUCGAGCAGCAUGUAUCCGAUUCAACCGCAUCUUUCGACAGGCUCUGUCAUUCCACCGCUUUCCCACCUUCUGCGCGACCCUUGUGGGCGGAUCGACUCUGCUCCAAGUGCCUUUCAAGCUCUUGAUAGUCAGGACACUUCUUUUCUUCCGAUCUGCUAUAGGACCCAAUCAAGCCAGACUCGCUGGUCUAUUCGCAAGAUUCAUAGCCGCGCUAGUAUCGGCAUCCGUAUCCUUCAGUUUGCUCAACAGCACACCAUCAAAGGUCCCAUCAACCAAGAGCCAGCCAGUGCAGCCCCUGAGCCACCUCGAAGUCAUCAAGCCGGGCCCAUUUGAUGAACCACCCGAAAUCAAUUCGAAAGAAAUCGACAAUGCCACGCUUAACGCGAGAUCUCUGUCAAGGGCCGACCUUGCAGGAAAGACGAUAGACCUCACAAUUUUCGCCGUUAUCCGAGCCCUAGACAUUAUCAUCAGCGGAGCGUGGGAUCGUCUGCCUUUAAAGCCCUCAUCACGCAUACAAAAGGCCUCUAAAUCAGCAACCCCGCUGUUGUUCUUCUUCUCUGCAGCAUCCAUAAUGCAUGCUUGGUUCUACAGCCCCAGCAGACUUCCCCACAGCUACAACACCUGGAUCUCCGCAGCAGCGGAGCUUGAUCACCGCCUUCUGCUCGCGCUUCGGCACAUUCGGUAUGGUACGUGGAUCUACGGGAAGGAUACGGGAAUGGCGCCGCUCCUCGGUUCCAUGUGCCACGAUUACGGCCUCCCGGAAGAUCUCGGGGACCCCGCAAAGACUAUCCCCAUUCCGUGCGAGCUCGUUCACAUGGGCUAUGGCAAGAGCUGUGAGAAGCAUGCCCUCGUGCGCUUUCUGAAGGGUUGGACAUUCGCGGCCAAGAUGUAUGCUCCGUUGCAGGUCAUAGUCUUGGCAAGGAACAUGAAACGAAAUGCCCGGCCCGGCAAGAGGCUUGCCGGACUGACCCGAACUGACCUAUUGAAGGCCGUCGAGGACAUGGCAAGAAGCUCUGCCUUCCUUGGAGCCUUCAUCGCCUUCUUCUAUUAUGGCGUGUGUCUUUCCCGAACGCGCCUCGGCCCGAAGCUAUUCUCGUCCAAGACUGUGACCCCUCAGAUGUGGGAUGGUGGGCUCUGUGUCUUGGGCGGCUGUCUGCUUUGCGGCUCUAGCAUCCUCAUUGAGACGUCGCGCAAACGCCUGGAGAUCCUUUUCUUUGUCCUCCCGAGGGCUGCAGCAACCUGGUUCCCUCGCCGAUACCUUCCGGAGCAUCGAUGGAAAGAGCAGCUAGCAUUCGCCCUAAGCGCCGCUAUCGUGCUGACGACGGCGCAAGAAAGCCCCAAGCGGGUGCGCGGCUUCCUGGGAAGCAUCCUGAGCGGUGUGCUGAAGACGGAAUGA